AUGUCUGCUGCGUCCCGCGGAUCGCGCGUGCACCACAUCCGUCGGACGCCGAGCCCGUUCUUUACGACGUCGUCCGGCAUCGUCGGCAUGAAUUUGCACGAGCCGACCGAGUUUGUCGCCCCCAAGCUCGACGAGACGCCGACGUCGUCGAGCGCGUUUGGCGACGGCGUGGAGCGCAGAAACAACCCGAUGAGCCAGCGCAUGGACAAACUGAGCUUGAGAAAAGAAAUCGAGCAAAGCGGGCUCGUCAAUAUCAAAAAGGUCGACGUGAUCUCGCCUAGCGCCGUGUUGGCCCAAGCCCGCGCCGAGCUGUUUCCGGAAGAGCUCAGUGCGAAUGCCAUGGACCUCCGACCGAUUGCCGCCGCGCGCAGCGAGCACUGCAUGUACACAACGAGCAACCGCGUCAUUGGCGAAGAGAAAGGGGCGAUUCAAGUCAACACCGACCGCAUCGUCAAGCCCGGGACGUUCACGACGUCAUUCAACGGGUUUCGGUACCGCGAUUACGGCCUCAACACCGCCGUGACCAAAUCCAAGAUUUGCGACCAAUUAGACUAUUCUUAA